UCAAUGCUACACAAAAGUGAAAGCAGAUUUCAGAGAUGUGAACAAGUUCACACUUCUUCUGCAGUCACACCUCAUCUGGACCCAACGCUCGCAAUGUGUGUCCCUAAAAAAGGCAUCAUGGAGAACCUGGCCAGACUCAUCACCAAAAAUUUUAACGUCGUUCAAACCUCCUUCCUGGCUCUGACCCUUCUGUUUUUGGAAAAAAUCAUGGACAUGGAGUUUGUGUGCCCCGAGAUGAAUCAUUGGCUGGCUGUUGGGUACAGUUUGGUGUUUCUCCUGGCACCCGCUUUAAUUGUGCUGGUUGUGGCGUGUUAUUUUAGCCCCCCAGAGUGGUGCUGUAAGAAGAAGACGAAUAAUACAAACAAUGGGCAAGGUGGGCAGGAAGACGUCCCUUUGAGCGGAGAAGGAGACGAGACAAACCAACCAGCUUCUCCGAGUUGUUGGGACAAUUUCAUAACUUGUUUGAAGGACUAUAAAGCCGUUUUCCUUUGGCUCCUGAUUGUAUUGACAGACGGAAGAUACUUGGAUUGCCUGGUGAAGUCGGCGUCUGCCGUAGCCAAUAAUUGUACAAGGCCUCUCCCGGACUGCUCCAAGGAAUACGAUUUCACCGUUGUACAGAUAUCUCAGAUAACUGGUCUUGUCUCGAUCCUAUUGGUGAUUUUCGUUUUUUGCGCGUGCAAAUGCAAAUCGAAAUCGGAGCGCUGUGCAGAGAUAUAUGAGGACAUUUUGCUUCGGGUCACCGAGGACACCAUACAACAGGAAACGAAGAAGAGGCAGGAGGAGUACGUAGAGUCCCAAUUUAAAGACGACAAAAAGUGGAAAGAAUUGAGAGUCGGAAAACCUGACACCCUGGAGAAGUUAGAGGAAAUCACAAGCAGCUGUAAGGAGAAGGUGAAGAGACAACUUAGAGAAGCAGAAGAAGAAGAUGGAACAAAUGGAGCAGAGGAAUGAGACGGAACAGGAGGAGCAGGAGGAGCAGGAGG